GAGAAGCUAAAAGCUAAAAGCUAACCAGUCUUUUGAAUAGGCUGAAUUACUUUUCGUACUUAAAGAUAAGUGAUUUGAUGGUUGUACUAACACAUUAAAUCAAGCGAAUCAAUACUUUGUUUAAUUGUGUGCUCUAGUUUAAGGAGUAUUAGAGUAAUCUUACACCUUGCCUUGUGUCCGCUAGCUAAGCUAAUACCUAUUAGCAUAACAUCACGUGAUUAUGCGGCGUUCUCUCGUGGACCGUAGUGCGCAGACUCAUAAAUCUAUCAUGGCUGCGUCCGCGAAAGAGGAGUGAUCGCCAGUGGAGCCAUAUCCUGCGUGAUUUUCUGCAUGUAAGACCCGAUAGUUGACUUUCUGUGGCGCAACAUAGGAUUUAUAGAUUAGACAGAUUUUGUUUUGGGAAAGAAGAACAAACAGUUAUUGUGAAAUGGAUCAGAAAGGAGAUGAGCUGGACCGAGAAACUUUUUCCUGUGCGAUCUGUCUGGAUCUACUGAAAGAUCCUGUGACUAUUCCCUGUGGUCACAGCUACUGUAUGAAGUGUAUUAAAACAGACUGGGACCAAAGGGAUCAGAGAGGAAUCUACAGCUGCCCUCAGUGCAGGGAGACCUUCACACCGAGGCCCGUUCUGAAGAAAAACACCAUGUUAGCAGCUUUAGUGGAGCAGCUGAAGAAGACUGGACUCCAAGCUGCUCCUGUUGAUCUCUGCUAUGCUGGACCUGAAGAUGUGGCCUGUGAUUUCUGCUCUGGAAGAAAACGAAAAGCCACCAAGUCCUGUUUAGUCUGUCUGACCUCUUUCUGUCAGAAACAUCUUCAGCCUCAUUAUGAUGUGGCUCCAUUAAAGAAACACAAGCUGAUGAAGCCCUCCAAGAACCUCCAGGAGAACAUCUGCUCUCGUCAUGAUGAGGUGAUGAAGAUGUUCUGUCGUACUGAUCAGAAGUGUAUCUGUUAUCUCUGCUCUGUGGAUGAACAUAAAGGCCACGACACAGUGUCAGCUGCAGCAGAAAGGACUGAGAGGCAGAGAGAGCUGGAGGUGAGACGAGAAAACAUCCAGCAGAGAAUCCAGGACAGAGAGAAAGAUGUGAAGCUGCUUCAACAGGAGCUGGAGGCCAUCAAGCACUCUGCUGAUAAAACAGUGGAGGACAGUGAGAAGAUCUUCACUCAGCUGAUCCGUCUCAUCCAGAAAAGAAGCUCUGAUGUGAAGCAGCAGAUCAGAUCCCAGCAGGAAACUGAAGGGAGUCGAGUCAAAGAGCUUCAGGAGAAGCUGGAGCAGGAGAUCACUGAGCUGAAGAGGAAAGACGCUGAGCUGAAGCAGCUCUCAGACACAGAGGAUCACAACCAGUUUCUCCACAACUACCCCUCACUGUCAGCACUCAGUGAGUCUACACACUCAUCCAGCAUCAAGAUCCGUCCUCUGAGCUACUUUGAGGAUGUGACAGCAGCUGUGUCAGAGCUCAGAGAUCAACUACAGGACAUCCUGGGAGACGCAUGGACAAACAUCUCACUGAGACUCACUGAGGUGGAUGUUUCACUGUCAGAACCAGAACCAGAACCAAAGAGCAGAGCUGGAUUCUUGAAAUAUUCAUGUGAAAUCACACUGGAUCCAAACACAGCAAACAAUGAGCUGUUACUAUCAGAGGGGAACAGGAAGGUGACAUUUAUGAAUCAAUCUCAGUCUUAUUCUAGUCAUCCAGACAGAUUCACUAAUUUUCUUCAGGUUCUGAGUAGAGAGAGUCUGACUGGACGUUGUUACUGGGAGGUGGAGAGGAGAGAGGACGUUUUUGUAGCAGUCGCAUACAAGAACAUCAGCAGAAGAGAAAAUGGGAAUGAAUGUGGAUUUGGAUAUAAUGACAAAUCUUGGGCAUUAUAUAUUUACCAAGGAGGUUAUACAUUUGGUCACAACAACAUCAGGACCUCCAUCUCAGGUCCUAUUUCCUCCAGAAUAGGAGUGUACCUGGAUCACAGAGCAGGUAUUCUGUCCUUCUACAGCGUCUCUGAAACCAUGACUCUCCUCCACAGAGUCCAGACCACCUUCACUCAGCCGCUACAUGCUGGAGUUAAUGUUUGGAUGAUUGGAGGUUCUGCUGAGUUCUGUAAACUCAAGUGAACUGAAGUAUUUCUGAUCUGUUUGAUUCCUUCUAAAGUUUUUAAUUCAAUCAUUUUAUUGUCUUUGCUGGUUUUCUGUUCAAGUUUUUCACGUCAGUCGUCAGUAAUUUUCUGUGCAACAAUAGUUCUGUUAUAGUUAAAAUAUAAACUGCUCCCAGUUUUUUGGAGGUUUAAGUUUUUUCAUUUCAAUUUCUUACAAAAAUUUUACAGGACAAAAGUUUAAAAAAAAUAUCUCGAAUGAUGUAAAUGUAACUAUAUCUUGAAAAGUUCAUCAAUUCAAGCAAAUUAAACAUGCCUUUCAGUUCCCUUAAUGAAUAUUAAUAAAAAAUUUAGCAUGUUAGCAAAAAUGUUUGAUAAAAUGUAAAGAUGUGCAUGUCUGUGACAUAUUCCCAAAUAAAUCACCAUUUUCAUGGUUCCAACUAA